AUGUAUUAUUUUGUUUUCCUAUUCAUCCCUGUAUUUGCUGCAAUCACUAUCACCGCACCCGCUGAUUUUUCUAUUGCAGCAUCCAGUGCAACUCAAACACUUUCAUGGACAUUUUCUUCCUCCUCGUCAAUAACAUGCAGCAUAAAUUCAUAUCUUGGCGAGAUCAGCUUUCCAGUCUAUACAGCAUCAGGCGUUUCAGCAACAAAUUCUCUUUCAUAUACAGACACAGUAUUCUAUCAAAGAGCAAGCUUCACUGGCACUGCUUCUCAAAUGGAUAAUGCUUUUGCAAGUGCGGUAUACCAGCCUCAUCAAUUUUACUCUAGCAAUACUGGGUCAAAGGCUGUCAUUGAGCAAACAGAUUAUAUUGAAAUAGUCUGCACGGAUGGUUCUACCUCUGCAUCUGCUUCUACAAUGGUUGGAAUUGGAACUGGGUGGGUUGACGACCCUACUUGUGGAGGAAACAGUUGUGAUAGUCAUGGCUGGUGCGAUAAAACCACAGGAAAUUGCUAUUGCUGGUGGCCUUAUUAUGGAAGUUCAACCUCGAGAUGUGAUAAAUUAGAUUGUGGGAUCUGCAAGCAUGGUAGUACCUGCGAUACUUCAACAGGUAAGUGCACAUGCACCAGCAGCACAUUCUCUGGAGACCAUUGCGAAAUUGUAGCUUGUACAGCUGCUUCAUGCAAUGGCAAUGGCUGAUGCAACCCUACCAAUGGAGUUUGCCAAUGCUAUUCAGGAUAUACAGGAGAAACUUGCAGUUUAAUAUACUGUCUUAACAACUGUAAUGGAAACGGUGUAUGCAACAUGUCAACAGGCACUUGCACAUGUGCUACAAAUUAUUUCGGAACGGACUGCUCUUUCAAAAAAUGCCCAAGAGACUGUGGAGCAUACGGAGGCUGCAACUAUUCAACUGGUGAAUGCAAGUGCUAUGGAACUUAUAGUGCUAAAGACUGCUACUUUGCUACAUGUCCUGGCACUCCUACCUGCUCUUCCAAAGGCGUUUGCAACUACUAUACUGGGGAAUGUGUCUGCAACUCAGGAUAUGUUGGAGUGGAUUGCUCGCUCACUUCAGCAUAA